AGCUGUUAUAAAAGCUGGCGUAAGUUCCAGCUGCGGCAUCAGUCAAUUAGCUGCCUUCAUCUAGUUUCCAAUACAGAUUCCAAGAUCAUGUUCAAGCUGCACCUGAGCCUCUUCGCCUUUGCGAUCAUCUGCCUGGCUGCGGCAGGAGCUGCUACACUGGAAUGGCCUGCCAAUCUGGUGGCUCUGAGCAGCGGCAAAUCCUCGUCGCAGGCUGCGCCGCUGCCUGUCAGCGAGGAGUCCGCUGAGGUGGUCAAUGAGAGCAGCGCCUCCUCUGCCGAGCCGGAGCUGGAGCAAGCGCUGGCUGAAUCUUCGGCCGGCAAUGCCAUUGCUGAUGAUCGUCUGGUCUCAGCGGUGCCUGUCUCUGUGCCACUGCCACUCGUUGUAGCCGCUCGAUCGGGUCUGCGCAGCGUGUUGACCAUACAAGAGCCCACGCUGGCCAAACUGGGUGAGCUGGUGGAGCAUGUGCCCUCGGCGGUGUCCCAUCAGAGUCAGACAGUGGUGCAUGAGCAUCGACGCCUCGUCACACCCAUUGUGGGGCCCGCUGUGCGCACCACCCAGCUGGUGCGUCAGCACCCGCCCUUAGUCUGGACCCUCUCGGCCGAUCCGCGCGUGGUGCUGCUCCGCAACUAGAUCGGUUAAAGGCAAACGGA